UCCAAUAAUACAUUGUAAUCUUUGUGUCUAAUCACUAAUGUCUUUGAUACUGGAGUCUGGAUUGUGAAAAUAUUAUUGUUACGAGUUACGACUUCAAUACUAUUUAAUUAAUUUUAGGUUAUAAUUUGAACUUUCGAAUAUUAUCUCUAAUAUUAUUUAAAACUUUCAAGGCCUAGAAUAUACGGUGUAAAAACGUGAAAAAGUCCUGUGUACUUUACAUUUACAAUGAAAAUCUGGAUACUUAUUUGGUGAUGAAAGGAAACCGGCCUAAUUAGUUAAAAGAGUUGCAAAGAUAGUCAGGUAAACUAGGUUUUUCCUUCCUAUGAUCCAGCAAUGGAGGCAAUGGAGAUUCAGAAUGAACUGCAAAAUGAUGAGUGUGUUUCUUCAGCAGUAGAGUUCUGCAUGAUAUGCCUCGACACAGAAUGUAAACUGUAUAAACUGGACAAAUAUAACUUACAUACAAAUUUCAAAAACUUGACUGGAAUUGAGCUCCAAGAAGAGGUGAGAUUUGUGCCACAGUUAUGUACAGAAUGUGCACAGAGGCUCACAAACUGUGCCAAAUUCAGAGACAAGAGCUUGAGGGCUUACCACUUGCUGGCACAGUUGGGAGAGAGGAGUGAAAUGCUAACGUUAGAACAAAUAAAGACAAUCAACCGAACACACAAUCAGCUCGCGUCAAACAUUACAAAAAUAACGUUUGAACCAGAUUCUUACGAUGUUUGUGUGAAAGAACACCAGGAACAUAUUGUGCAGAAGAUUGAAAUUAAAAUUGAAAAAGACACAGAUAUAGAUCAUCAAAAUCUAAAUCACAAUAUCAAAUUUGAAAAAAAUCUUUCGCACGAUGAACUAGAUGAUGAUACACCAGAGUUUGAAAUUGAUGUUAUCAAUAAAACUGAAUUCAAUGAUGAAGAUAUGGACUAUGAUAUGGAUGUACUUGAUGAUUGUGAUACUUAUGUUGACUUUGCUAAAAGCAAGUCAGAUAUGAAUAGUUCUAGAAGUAAUGUUAUUAAAAACAAAAAUAUAGCUAAAACUAAUAAAGCCAGCCUUAACAAUUCAACACUAGUUGUAAAUAGAAAUAAGAAUAACAUAAAAGAUGAAAAUGAUAAAAAUAAAAUGAUACUUAAAAAAGAACAAAAAAAUAUACCCAAAAUCAAAAAUCUCAAUAGAAUAGUAAAAAAAGCAUUAAAUAAAAAUGCAGGUAGUACAAAAACUCUAAGAAAUGCUGUAAAAGAUAGAACGCAAAGCAUCAAAUCAAAAAAACAGAAUUGCAAUAAAAAGAUAACUAUUAAAAAAGAUUUAGCAGGUGGUGAUAAUUUGAAAGAGGUUAGACCUAAGAGAAAGAGAGUGAAGGGUGGAAAGCCAGGCAAACCACCAUCAAAAGACCACUUGAAAAUGUUCGAAGUGACAGAGAGGAGUAAAGAGGAGCAGUUAGAAGAGAUACAGAAAAGGAAAGAGACGAGUAGCUAUAAGUCAUCUCUGUACAAGUGCACAGUUUGUUACAAAGGCUUCAUUGACAUCAAAGCGUACGACGGACACAUGGACAGGCAUUCCGAUAAAUUUGGAAAAUUCGAAUGCAGUAUAUGCGGGAUACGCACGAAGAACAAAAUCUGCCUGCGCAAACAUACACUGAUGAACCAUUUGUUCAGGUACAAUUGUUUGAAGUGUUCCUUCGUCACAAACCAUAGGAACACAGCUCUGAACCACGAGCGUUGGCACGACGGCAAGCAAUACAAAUGUCCGCAUUGCGGCGAAGUGUUCACGAAGUAUACGUCGCGUAUGUCUCACGUGCGUCUAAAGCACCCUUCAGACCACGUGUGCCGACUGUGCGGAUUCUCUUUCAUCGGCGAGCGCGGACUGUCCCUUCAUAUGAGCAAGACGCACCGCGCGGCUGAAACUGAGUCGCUGGACGGCCCGCAGUGCGAGGAGUGCAACAUUCGCUUCGCGUCCUCCGCCGCGUACGAGCAGCACAUGAAGGUGUCUCCCAAACACGCGCCAGCCGACAAACUGAAAGCAAACACACCGGUAAAGAAAUAUCCUUACAAGAAGUUACCGCUGAAGAGGAUAGACUGCGAACUGUGCGGCAUGCAGCUGGUCGGCGUUCGCAACUACGCGCGGCACUUCCGCAUGCUUCACCCGGGCAAGACCCGAACCAAGUACUCCUCCGUCAACGUCAUGAAGAUGGGCGUCAUGUGCGAGCUGUGUGGGAAGGUGAUGCCGAGUCUUCGCUUCCACUUGCCGUGCCACGCUCAGCAGAAACAGUUCAAAUGCGACGUGUGCGACGAGAGGUUCGAGACCAAACACUUUCUGAACAAACAUGCUGAGACGCACAGCGGCGGGUCGCGACCGCGCCACGAGUGCAACAUCUGUGGGAAGAACAUGUCUUACGCGUCCAACUUGUGGCGGCACAUGCUUUCCCACAAAGACACAAGGCCGUACUACAAAUGCGAUAUUUGUGACAAAAACUUCGCCGCUGCUCAAGGGAGGGACAACCACGUGUUGCAUGUCCACAAUAACGUGCCGCGUCCGAAGAGGGUCCGCGCUCCGAGAGCCGGCACCAAGUUAUCGCAGACACGUAUUAAAGGCGAGCUGGGUACAAGCGACUCAGAAGAGUCCUAAGAUUCAGACGUUAUACGACCAAAUACUUCCUUUUGAACAAGAGACUUAAUAAGUUCCUAGAAGAAGAGAAGAAGAAGACUCUAGACCCGGCUAAAAGACACGAGGGACUCAUGAGUCGUUUGUUUGUCGACCCUGUGAGACAUUCGUUUGGAAUUUUUUAAAGGGCUUGUGUAGUAUAUAUAUGUCAACAGCCUAGACUGUCAAUCUCAGACCAAUUAUUGUAUAGGACCUGCCUUGCUAGACGUUUUCUGUCAAAGUAUAUGAUCAAUGAUCUAAUGCGGUUAUAAAAACUGUCUCUAUAAAAACGAUGUUAAAUAGUUGUAAUCGUAUUCGUCGGUUAAAGAGCUCCGUAUAAAUACAUUUCUGUGUAAUUGAAUUGUGUAAAAAACGGGCAAAAACUUCUAGUUUAGUAUAAGAUAUAUACCAAAUCUAAGCUCGUUUUGCUUAGAAAAUGACAGACAAUUUUGUUCUGGACAAUUAGUGUGAUGCAGGUCCUUCUAUAAUUGGUCUGAGCUGUCAAUAGAUGAGUCUAUAAAUACAAGCUUCGGACUAGAGGGGGCAGUUGCACUUUGGCGCUACAGCAGUACGUACCACGAGGUACUAAGCAGAUACAGUUAUCAACCAAGUGGAUGUGAUAAGCCAAAUGAUCAACCGAUCACCCAAAGAGUGUGCAAAUACUACAGCUUGUAACUUCUGCAAUAAAAUGUAUUGUAGGAAAUAGUGGUCUGAGACGGAUAUGACGUCGCUCGAUAUUAUCCCAUCCCAGUACACAAACGUUUAUGCUUCAUCCCGAAAAUAUACCAAAAGUUAAACAGAUGA